UUCCCAUCAUGCUGGAUGGCCUUUAUAUUCUGUCUUUUACUGGUUCUGUCAGGAUCAGAUGAAGUGAUUGCGGUUUUUAAGAACACCAAGGACAAAGAGGCAUGUUUUAUAAUUACAUUGGGACGUUAAUUAGAGGUGGAAAUAUGGAGAAAAGAUGGACAGAAGGUGGGGAGAUGUGGUGAGAGAGAGAGAGAUAGCGAGAGAGAGAAAGAGAGAGAGAGAGAACUAGGAUUAGGUCUCUGCUCCAGGCUGGACUGGAUUACGGAGCGCAGUUUUCCGGUGCGCUCGCGGUGUGCGCUUUUCUCAACACGACCUCUUCCUGACCAGAAUCCCGGUGGAAACACAGAUUGACCCACAGGAGACGCAUCCCCCUCUGAUCCUGGACCUACUGUAGCUGGAUGGAAACAUGGCCGACGUGCCGCAGAUCGUCAAAAUCGGGAUUUCCCUGAAGAUGCUGCCCAACAACACGGCGGUUUACUUCAAGUCCGACGGCGCGCGGUUCGGACAGACGCGGACCAUCAAGCUGCUGACCGGGUCCAAGUACAAAAUCGAAGUGGUGGUUAAGCCGGGAGCGGUGGAGGCCACGUCGAUGAGCAUCGGUGGGGUGACCUUCCCUCUGGAGCAGCAGUCUAAAGACCCCCAGUCUGUGGUCUACAGCGGACAGUACGACACAGAGGGAGUAGCUCAUACCAAGAGUGGAGAGAGGCAGCCGGUGCAGAUCAACAUACAGUUCACAGAGGCCGGGACGUUUGAGACGGUGUGGCAGGUGAAAUACUACAACUACAACAAGAGGGACCACUGCCAGUGGGGCAACAGCUUCAACAGCAUCGAGUACGAAUGCAAACCCAACGACACGCGCACGCUGAUGUGGGUCAACAAGGAGAUGUUUGUGUGACGUCAGACUUCUGAAACGAUCCUUCAGGUUCUGCUUCCUCUGGCGGAACGUAAACACCUGCAGUCACGGUGAUUCGGUCUGUUUGUGGUGAAAAUACAAAAGCGAACGUGAAAAUGGAACGUAGCGUCCUCAUUUUGUUUUGAGAUGAAUAUUUUUUUCACGUACUGUUCGGUCGUCACCCUCCAGUGUGAUCAGAUUAAUGUGCAGUACUGUGUGUGAGUGUGUGUUUAUCUACACUGUAAAAAAAAAGAAGUUGUUUUUACGGUGAAAUUCCAGCAGCUACGAUAAAGAAACAUAUCGACAUUGUUGAUUUUAGGGUUAAAAAACCUGCUUCAUUCUGUAUUUUGCUGCAAAAAUAAAAGCUUUAACCUUUAAAAGUUUGAAAAUUUACAUUAAAAUACCAUAUAAAAUAACUUUUAAGUCAAACUUAUAAAUAUUACAGCAUUUUUCCAUCAUCAGCACAACAGUUAGUGCAUUUAACAUUAAAUAUGUGUAUUUUUUUUAGCAAAAAUUGCGGUUAAAGAGGUCAUAUAUAUUAAAGCAUAUGUCCAUUGUUAACACAAAAGUACAUCAAUCUAACCGGUACACACUGUAUUUUUUUUUACAUGAAAUAAAUAUAGAAAUUUUUGCUUGUUAUAAAUAUUGCAGCACAAUAAUGUUUACAUUUAAGUGGAACAAACUGGAUUCUUUUUGCGAAUUAAAUGCAAAAAUUAGUGUGUUAUCCAUAUUAAAUCAUUUUUUUCAUUUAAAACUGUGCAGGAGUCGGGAAAUGUAUUUUUUCAAGAGAAAAAAAAAUCUAAAAAACACUCUUUUCUUCAGUGUUAUAUAAACGGCAUCAAACUGUUUUAGAGUUUACAGAUUUUUACUGUAAAAUGUACAAACAUUUUUUACAGUGUGUGUGUGUGUGUGCUUUACUGAUGGUGCUUUGUUUAUCUGUGUGUGUGUGUUCAUUCUGAAGCUACAUGUGGAGAGUUUCAUUCCAAAAUCCAGUGUCUCCACCAAUUAAGUCCAAUCUCAAACUAUUACUGGCAUGAAGGUGAAGUUUGAUAUGAACACUCACCAGAAAUAUUAUUAAUUUGUACUAGAGAGCUCUUGACAUUUAGAUUUCAUUUGUUCCAAGCAGAAGUUUUUCUGUCUUUGACAUCUGAAACACAUUUGAAAAGCAUUUGCAUCCAUCAGUGGACUACCAGAAUAAAAGCAGCCUUAAAAGUAUGUCAAUUUUUCUACAGGAAAGCAGUCAGGUGGAAGAAAAUGUGUGCAUAAAUCAGCCUCAACAAUCGGCCCAAAUGAGUUGGGAAAUUGUGAUAUAAUCUAAAUAUUGUGCAUCCCUGACAAAAAUUGUUAUUCAAACAAGAGAAUUUAGUUUAUUCUAUAUCAUCCGCUCCCUCGUGUCGUGUUGUGGGAAACUUUCAAACAUUUUUUGGUGGAAAAAAAAAGAAAUGUUUAAAAAAUUCUUAAGAACAUUCACAAAAAAAUCAACCAAAAUCCAGUGAAAUUUUGGUAGAUUUUUUGUGAAUGUUCUUACAGAAAAUGUUAGAAGUUUCACUGAUAUAUCACUUUAGAUAUUUUUAGGAUUUUUUUGGUAAGAUUUUUACUCAUUUUUUUGAAAACAUUUACAAGAAUUUUCUUGCCAAAUUUGGGGGAUUUUGUGAAAUAAAGCUUUUAAGGGAAACUUUUAAAGAGUUAUCGGAAUUUUCUUCCUGAAAAUUUUGCUAAAUUUUCAGAAAUUUGAGGAUUUUUUUCUGAAUUUUUGGAUUUUUUUACUUUAUUAAGUCACUUUUAGGCACUUUUAGCCUGAAAAAAAGAAAACAUCCACCUUCUAAAUGGCCUGAAUCACAUUGCAGUGAUGUGGAAUCACUUUUAAAGAAAGAAAUGAGCUCAGAUUCAGUUCAGAUGUAAAAAGUUGGGAUUAAAAAAUAGCCACGGUUAUGGGGUGAAACCUUCCGUGUGGUCGUGUGGAUGUUUGGUAUUUGUGGUUGUGUUCAGUUUUAUGCAGUUCUGGAAGUAGAACUCCGGGUUUGGGUGAAGUCGUGUCCCUGUGUUAGCGUGUUCGUUCUGUCUACCUCUUCCAAAGGACUUAGCCAUGAAUAUCUGUGUUUAAGAACGGAAAUAAUACAAACUGUCUUUAAAUUCUUGUUAUUUUUUCUAUUUGUUGUGGUAAAUCAUAUUUUAAAGAAUAGUAUUUUUGUACAGUGAAUCAUCUGAAAAGUGUUUUUGAGAUUUGUAUUUUGGGUAGAAUUCAUUUUUAUUUAAAUACUGAAUUGACCUAUGCAAAGAAAAAUGACAACAAAAUGGUGCAAUAUAGUAGUUAAAUUUACAUUUCAUGUAAUUCUGACCUUUUUGUGAAAGUGUUGUUUCUAAUGUUAUUAAUAUUAAAACGAAAAAUAUUUUUGUGUGGCAAA